CGCUUGCACUGGGACACUUUCUGUGCGACCCAGUGGGGGUUGUGGCGACGCUCUAAGGGAUAGAGGGUGUAGUGAACUCCAGAUACUAUUCCCGACCUUAAACUAAAGCGAAUGCUGUUCCUCGAAAAUAUAUCCCGAAAUGGUGACUCACUGGGAAUCUAGCCAACGUCCCCUUUACAUCAGGACCAUCUGGAAAGACGGGCAACACCAUGUCAUCUUUGACAAGUCCAAAGAACGUCCCGUUGACUUCGUACCCUUCAAAAACACUUCCAGAUCCCAACCUGGUCGUAGAACUUCCAAAAGUGCCACUGUAAAGAUGUCCUCCAUGAAAGUGUUACUGUCUGGCGUAGCCAGAUUCAAAAGUGUCGACCAACCCGCUAGAAACAAAGAAGAUGGUAUAGAUUUCAUGGUAACUCCUUUAUCCAAUCGUCCAGUUACAUCCAAGAAGGAGAUGGUCCUAAAUUCUGUCCAAGGCACUCGACCUCCAGGUCUGUGUAAAUUAGCAACCAUAGAUUCUGGAUUUGGGGAUUUAAAAACUACCGAACAACCAGUUUUUGUUCCUAACAAUCCCCUAAGUGAUAAAGUAUUGGUUUGGCUGGAUUUGGCUACCCAGUCUGGCAAUAUUGAUAAAGAAGUGGCUCCUGUAAGGGUGAUUCCGAUCCAUAUUUUGGAGAAAUCAUCCAGAACCAGUCCAGUAUCACCUCAAGAGCUUGCAGAUUCAUCCAUACUGAAACAAGUAAAUGAUAAUAACGCUUCUACAGAAGUGAUAGUGUAUAGUAAACAGGAGAUACAAACUCAGGAAGAGGAUUUCUAUCAUGUUUUGACACCAAGAGUAGGUGAGGAUAGUGUAUGUAAAGAAAUUAUGGAUGGGAAGAAAGAUGGUAAAGAUAUGAUUGCCAAGAGACAGCUGCAUAUUUUUAUGCCCAAUCUACCCAAGAAGAGCAGCGAGUGUGAUAGUAGUUUGUUAAGUAGUUUAAUUUCUAGUAGGCUAAGCUAAAAAUGUGUUGAUUGAU